UUUCAUAAAAUCCUGAAACUUGAAAGUCUUGAUAUGAACGAAUAAUUCGAAAGUUAGCAAAAUUAUUUCCUUUUAAUUUUAUUUAGGUAACAGAAAUAAUUACUUUAAAACAAACAUAUAUUAAGAUCUAAGUGAUGAAUAUACACAAAGCCGUACCGAGGGUAUAUGGAUUAUUAGUCGCACAAUUUAACACAGGCUUGCCAUGUAGCAUUUCACUAAGAUUGCAACACAACAAGGCCGAUGUCAAUGAGCACAGAGCCAAAGUCAUGGCCCGGGGGCUGCCGGAGAAGAAGCCCUUGCCUGGAGUCAAGAAUAUCAUACUUGUGGCAUCUGGAAAAGGAGGAGUAGGGAAGACUACUACAGCUGUGAAUCUCGCAUGUGCUAUGAAAGUGAUAGAGCCAGACAAGGAGAUAGGGCUGUUAGACGCAGAUGUGUUCGGCCCCUCUGUGCCACUCAUGAUGAACAUUAGCGGAGAGCCCAUGCUCAACGACGACAAUCUCAUUGAACCUCUACUCAAUUAUGGUGUAAAAUGUAUGUCCAUGGGCCUCCUGGUGUCAGGCGAGAACGCUGUGGUGUGGCGCGGGCUGAUGGUGAUGCAGGCGCUGGAGCGGCUCACGCGCGGCGUGGCGUGGGGCCCGCUCGACUGCCUCGUGGUGGACACGCCGCCCGGCACCGGCGACACGCACCUGUCGCUCGCACAAAACUUGCCUAUCGACGGUGCAAUAGUAGUAACAACUCCACAGUCGGCCGCUCUGCAAGUCACGAAGCGCGGCGUCAACAUGUUCGAGAAACUCAAGGUGCCCAUCAUAGGGCUGGUCGAGAACAUGUCUCACGCCGUGUGCUUCAAAUGCGGCACCAGGAACUACGUGUUCGGUAGCGAGACCAAACGGACGGCGGAACAAAUCGGCUUGGAAAUCAUAGAAAGCUUCGAAGUGGACUCGAAUAUGUCGGAAUGUAUAAACAGUGGGAAACCAGCGAUAUACGCGUUGCCAGAUAGUAUACACGCGGAGAAAUAUCGACAAUUGGCCAACAAGGUGUUCAAAUAUAUAAGCGAUAAGGAAACAGAUGCUAAAGCAACCAAACAGUAGUUGUAUACACGAAAUAUUUAGUACCUAGUAGUUGUUGUGAUUUUAUUUAUAUAACAAUUAAAUUUUUUACAAAUAAAAA